GCGCCGGUGGCGAACGGCGGUGGCGUCAAGCUCGCCUCCCUCGGGCGUCUUGGGGGGGAGUGUCUGCCGUGGUCCUCGGCCCGGGGGCGCGGGGAGCCGGUCUGACCCGUGUCUGUGGAGUGGGGCCCCAGAGAGUGGGAAGAUGGCGAUGACGCUGUUGGAAGACUGGUGCCGGGGGAUGGACGUGAACUCGCAGAGAGCCCUGCUGGUCUGGGGGAUCCCGGUGAACUGCGACGAGGCCGAGAUCGAAGAGACCCUGCAGGCGGCGAUGCCCCAGGUGCCCUACCGCGUGCUGGGGAGGAUGUUCUGGCGGGAAGAGAACGCGAAGGCGGCCUUGCUGGAGCUCACGGGCGCCGUGGACUACGCGGCCAUCCCCCGGGAGAUGCCGGGGAAAGGCGGGGUCUGGAAGGUGGUCUUCAAGCCCCCGACUUCCGACGCGGAGUUCUUAGAGAGGCUGCACCUCUUCCUGGCGAGGGAGGGGUGGACCGUGCAAGACGUUGCCCGUGUCCUGGGCUUUCAGGCCCCCGCUCCGGCCCCGGGCCCCGACAUGCCAGCAGAGAUGCUCAACUAUAUCUUGGAUAACGUGAUCCAGCCUCUUGUGGAGUCCAUUUGGUACAAGAAGCUGACGGUGUUCUCGGGGAGGGACAUCCCGGGGCCCGGGGAGGAGACCUUCGAUUCCUGGCUGGAGCACACGAAUGAGGUCAUAGGGGAGUGGCAGGUGUCUGAUGUAGAAAAGAGGCGGCGGCUGAUGGAGAGCCUCAGAGGCCCCGCCGCGGAUGUCAUCCGCAUCCUCAAAACCAACAACCCUGCCAUCACCACCGCCGAAUGCCUGAAGGCGCUGGAGCAGGUGUUCGGGAGCGUGGAGAGUUCUAGGGAUGCGCAGGUCAGGUUUCUGAACACCUACCAGAACCCAGGGGAGAAGUUAUCGGCUUAUGUCAUUCGUCUGGAGCCUCUGCUGCAGAAGGUGGUGGAGAAGGGGGCCAUAGAUAAAGAUAACGUGAACCAGGCGCGCCUGGAGCAGGUCAUUGCCGGAGCCAACCACAGCGGGGCCAUUCGAAGGCAGCUGUGGCUGACCGGGGCUGCGGAGGGGCCGGCGCCUAACCUCUUUCAGUUGCUGGUGCAGAUCCGCGAGGAGGAGGCCAAGGAGGAGGAGGAGGAGGCUGAGGCUGCCCUCCUGCAGUUAGGCCUGGAGGGGCACUUCUGAGACGAGGGAAGUGGCGUUUGAGUGCAGACCUAGGUAACAGCUUCUUUGUGCUGUCUUAUAGGUGUGUCUCUUAGUCAAGUCCUGUUUCUGGGGGGAAGUCAAGGCCUGCAUAUUCAUAUAACAUUAGUAAAGUUGUGCAAGGGAGCACCCUGAGCUGCUGUAAGUGUCAUGCUAGCAUGCUAAAAUGCCAGGUAAAGGCUUGGACACAGGUGCUCAGUGCAAGCCGGCAUCUUGACAUCAUCAGUUGUGAAAAAUGUGAAACUUGUGAGACUUCUCAUCGAGAUAUUUAAAUGUGAAAUUGCAUGUUCAGAUGUUUAGUUCAGAGCCUGGCUAACACAAGAAGUGUUCAGUAAAAA